AUGAAUACUCAAUCUAUUGUUGACUAAUUGAAAAAUAAAGUUGAAGAAUGUCUAAAAGGGGUUUAAUAAUAGUUAGAUGUAAGCUAUUUAAAUAUAUCUCAUGAUUAGUCAUCUUUUAACAUAAUUGAAGCUUUUCUUGAUUAGCUUCCUCUUGCUCACCAUCAUUUGUUUAAAUCUCUUUACCAUCCUACAAACAUUCAUUAAUUAACUAAUUCAAGAAGUAAAACCUAUAAUAAAUUUUAAUAUUCACUAAAAUCUUAAGUACACUCAAGUUUAACUUUAAUAAUAACAAAUAAAAAAAUAGAAAACAACAGAAAACACAACAACUAACAUUAACUAAAUUUAAAGACAUUCACUUAUAAUUUAUUAUAGGAUAAGUCAAUUAAUUAAAGUGAAUAUUGUAGAGCAAUAACUAUAAAUAAAGAUAAUACAAUUGUAUUAGUUGGUUGUAAUAAGUAAAUUAAAGUGUUUGAAUUUAAAGAAGAAUAGUUGAAACAAACUAAGUGAAAAUACAGGAGAUGUUCUAACUUUAAAUUUUAUAAAAAAAUAGAUUCAAUUUCUCUUUGGGAAUCGAUAUGGAUAGAUUAUUAUUUAGUUUAUGAAUUAAAAUAGUUAAUGGGAAUGCUAAUAAAUAUUAAAUAGUCAUUAUAAUUACAUAAAUUGUUUGAUAAUAAACAACAAUGAUGAUUUUUAUCAUAUCAGGAAUUGA